UUCAAUUCAACUUAAAGACCACCUCGUUCAGUUUUCUGGUCCCUUGGCAGAAGCAGAACCACACUUACUAUUCACUUAAUCACUCAGACACUUUCAUCUUCUUCUGCUGCAUGGGUUGGCUUAGUCGGUUCAUCACCGCCGUGGCUUUCUUAGCCGUCGGAGUCAUAUUCUCACCGGAGACUCUGGGUUCAAAAUCACCCAAUCUUACCACCUACCUCAAACUCGCUCACCUCCUCAGUUUCUCCACCGCAUUCGGCGCCGCUCUAUGGGUCACCUUCAUCGGCGGCAUCAUCAUGUUCAAAAAUCUGCCGAGGCAUCAGUUUGGGAACCUGCAGAGCAAGAUGUUUCCGGCGUAUUUCUCGAUGGUGGGGGUGUGCUGCGCUGUAUCGGUUGCCUCAUUCGGUUACCUUCACCCGUGGAAAACCUCCUCCACUACUGAGAGAUACCAGCUUGGGUUUUUGCUCUCCUCCUUUGCGUUCAAUCUUACCAACUUGUUUGUCUUCACACCUAUGACCAUCGAGAUGAUGAAGCAAAGGCAUAAAGUGGAGAGAGAAAACAGUAUAGGGGAGGAAGUUGGGUGGUCGAAAAAUGUGGAAGUUGCCAAGUCAAACCCAAAACUUAAAGCCAUGAAUAAGAAAUUUGGUAUGAUUCAUGGAUUAUCUUCUCUUGCCAACAUAAUGUCUUUUGGGAGUCUAGCAAUACACUCUUGGUACUUGGCAGGAAAAAUUGAUCUUUGAUUCAGUUUGUGCCCCCAAUUCUAUUCUAUUAAAGACAAAUGAACUCCUGCUGAAGAACAAUAUAAGUGAGGAUCCUAGUGUUCCCUUUAUUUUCCAAUUGUUUUACUUUAAGUAAAAUAAGUCUAGCAUGUCUGUAUAAUGGAAACAUGAUGGCUCCUCACAUGAAUAAUAUUAGCAGUAUCUGCUCCUUGUUCACU